AUGGUCAAAGGAUAUGCAUCCUCAGUUUAUAGUCUCAAAAGCACAAGAAGUGCAAAGAGCGGUAAAUCCUUUCUUUCCUUAUCAGAAUCAUCCACAGAUUCUUUAUGGAGAAAUAUUAAAAAUUGGAUUCCUUCUUACAGCAGAAAAAAGAAGAGCGAUAAUGAUUCGAUAAGCACAUCAUCUUUUACUUCAAUCAAUCGGUUGAAAAGGUUAUUUAACAAUAAACAGAUAUCCCCUCGUGCAAGCUUUGACAUGGAAGUCUCUACAGAAGAUUCAAUAUUAGAAACAAGUUCGACUUUAAACUCAACUGGACCUGUUGGCAUCCUGAUUAAUAGAGAAAAAGAUUCAGAAGAAGCGAUAAAAGAAAGAAGAGAAAGAAGAAGACGUAAAAGAAGAGAAAAUAUGCUAAAACACUAUCACACAGUGGAUCACGAAUGUUCCUCUUCGUCUUCUGACACUUUACUGACGCCACAAAAUGAAGUUUCCUUUCAGAUGAAUGACCCAAGAAUCAUGUUUUUAGAACCAAGUCCAGUACCAAGGUUUCGUAAUGUAGCGCCUCCACCUCCACCUUCACCGCCUUAUAUGAACAUAAUCAUUGACGAAGAGUUGAGUAAUAAUAAUAAUGAUAUCAUUAGCAUCAUUCAACCCUUUGAGGAUGACUCAACACCUACUAUCCUGACGCCCAAGAGUAUUAUCAAUCAAACCAAACAGAGCUCAAACGAGUAUUCGACGGAUGAACAUGAACGACGUAUUUCAUUACUUAUCGAAUCACUCAAAUUGAAUCAAAACAAAAAGAAAUACAAGCUUUAUUUCCAUGAGCCUUAUUUUAGAGGGCAAACACUAAGACUAUCACUUGAAAACACAAUACCAGAAGACCACAUUAUCCUAUUCAAAUUUUUGACAACCAACACAAAUAAUAAAGUGGAAAGGUACUUUGUUAGGCCGAGCGCAGGCAAAAUAGUCGACUCAAGUGAGACAGAUAUCAUGAUCUUUUUAAAUCAAAUUCCACCUCAACAAACAAAGGAUACCCUCAUGAUCCGCUGGGCUGUUGUUCAAAGAAAUACUGAAAUAGAGGCAUGGCUAAACAAGCUGCCCGAGUCAACAAGAAGAAGAUGGAUUGAUAUGUUGGAUGAGCAAUGGCCAAACCAAGUGACAAUAAAACUAACAAAAAUAAAGGUUGAAUUUGUUUAA